CAGUUGAUCAUUUGUCAUCUUUCAGGAGACACCAUCGAGAAAUAACGACAGUCCAUCCAUCAUGCAGCAGUCGGCCGAGUUCCUAUUCAUUUCACUGGUGGUUUUGGCUGCUACAGCCAGCAACGCAGCCAACAUCAGUUCAUUCAAGUCUAAAUUCGUCACGACAACCACUCCGGAUCCGGACGAAGAAUUCGACCAGGGCGAUCCUUUCCAAUAUUCUUACGCCGUGGAUGCUGAGCCGACCGUCAACGAAACUCGGGUGAGGCAAUCGAAAGCGGAAUCGAGCGACGGCCAAGAAGUCGUCGGUCAAUACAAGGUCCUACUGCCGGACGGCCGUCUGCAGACCGUUUCCUACACGUCCGGACCUAACGGCUACAAAGCCACCGUCAAGUACGUCCAGGUUGGCGUCGAUAAUCCCGCGUUGGUGGUGUCUUCAUCAACCGAGUCAAACGGCCGCUCCUUCACCGUUAGCCGGACGCGAACAAUUUUUCCCACCACCACCACGACAUCAACCACUACAACGACGACCACUAGUGCUCCUAUGGCUGUCCAGGAACCGGUUGAUGACCGACGGGAGAAGCAGUGGCAGUCGGAGCCGAUCGAUAGCCGGACGAGCUCCAGCAGUCGAUCCCGACAGCGCAGUAAUCGGACACGAGGAGGAGGUGAACGAUUUCGUUCCCCUCAAGAGACAGCAGCAAUGUCGGCCAGCUCUGCUGCUGCUGCUGCUGUCGCCGGUAAAACGACCAGCGAUCUCACGAUGAUGACUGCUGCCAGCCAAACCGACGAUGCAACUCGAAUCGACUCGACAGUCUCACGCUUCAAAUCAUCUCCGCCUUCGUUCGGCAUGAAAAUGUCGAGGAGAUUCGACGGCAAACCGACCGACAAUUUCAAUUGAACAUUUCGUUAUUUAACGACCAUUUUGGUGAUUUCAAGUGACAAAUAUUUUUGAUCGAAACUUUUCCUUACAAAUACAAUCGAUUUAUGAG